UCAAGCGUGCAAAUAUCAAUAAAAGCCGUAACAUUUUGUUACAAACAAGUUUGGUUCAACUUAGGAAUAGUUUGUAUUUCAUGUUAUAUAAAAAAAAUAAUUCAUACCAAUGGAUUUGAACUAAAAAUACGCGAAAAGGUUGUUACUGAUCCGGAAUACCCCAAACUACUGUACUGGUAUACGUGCGUACAGUCAGCAUUUAUUUACUACGACGUUUGUUUGAAUAAAAUAAACGGCAUGUUUCGUAUCUUUGGACUUAUCCCGUGUACACGUUCACAAAAAAAUAUGUAUACGAGGGAACCUUUUAUAUUUAUGUGACUGGCUUAUUAUAUAAAUCCAAUAAUUAUAUGCUUAUUAUCGGAAUUCUGAGAAAACCCCUUUCUUUCUAAGCAUUGCCUAUGAAUCAUUAUGUAUUUUCUGAAAACGAAGCAAAUGUGAGUCGUAAAUUGUGACUAGUUGGUCACAUUUCUUGUGUUUUAAGUUGAUAUUAGUUUUGUUUUAAUCUAAACAUUGCUGUAGCAAUGAAAAGUGAAAAAGGCGAAUCAUCGGUAGAUUUAUUACCACAAGUGAAAUGCACAAAUAAUAAUAAAGAAGCAGAUAAUUGCGACCAGGAAGAUGCCAGUGAGCCGCUAAAAGGUGACGAUCCUGAGAUACAAAGGUCUGUAUCACAAGAUAGCGGACACCGUAGCAAUGGAAAGAAAGACAACGACUGCAUCUACAAAAAUGCUAUCGUUCUUUUUGGGCUUUUGAAUGGGUUAAUGUUGGUCUUCAACGCCUUCGCGGUGUUUAAACUAGCCAGCAAGAACACCCCGCCCCAACCAACAUCCAGACUCUGUGUCCGAUGUCAGGAUAUCAAAGGGCACCCAGACGAUGAUAAAACACGAGAACACAUUGUACCAGAGAACGAUACGUGUUGCCUUGACGACCCCAAACAUCUCAAUUAUUUAGUGAAAUACUACACAGAGCGGUGGAUGAAAACGCGCUUGUCGAACAGCAACAAAACGUUUCAAUACUGCAAGAACCCAGAACGUAAUGAGUUCUCCCCGAGACCUUCAAUAAAAGUCAUGGGUUACAACGAACCACAGAUACAUCCGGAGAAUCAACAAAUGUACUGGGAUCAGCACCAUAAAAUUGCCCUUGUUCCCCACCCAACCGAGAUACAAUACCUUGAAGAUGUCGGGCAAAUUGUGAUCAAGAAGGUUGGCGUAUACCACGUGUACAGCCAGGUUCAUUUUGAACAUAAACAAAACAACAACAGAAGUCAGCCUGUGGUCUUCUCGCACAUGAUUUUGAUGAAGAAAGCGGGGACUAUCACAGUGGACGGAACCAUCGUGAUGCAGAGCCGAGAGACAGAGGGUGAGAGCGAGGACCAGCAGGUGGUGGGGUCAAGUUACCUGGGUAGCUCCCUGCAGCUUGAGGAUGGAGACAAGCUCUACGUUAAGGUCAUUACAAAGGAUGACGUCCUGGCCCAGCCACAGAUGAACUUCUUUGGGGCUCACAUGCUGUAGUGACGGUUACCUAUAAUUAUUUCGUAUGUGACGAAGAGAGCAUUGUGAUACGAAGGCACGGGGAGACAGAGUGUGGAAGCGAGGAACAUCGGGCUGUGCAAUAUAUAAGCGAUUAUGUUAUAGUUAGAUGACAUUAAAUGAAUUAUUUAUGGUUAAGAAUGGGCGGAGUGAGUGUAGCGAACGAGUCCUUAUUAAUUAUUAAAAAAUCACUUUAUGUUAUCUAAAUGACUUAGAAUACAACCUCAUUGGCUGACACAUUGUUGACGCAAACGCAGGGUGUGUGUCGGAUUAUUGGAAGUAGGCGGACCUUUAAACACCCGCGAAAGUUGAAAUUCUUAAUGAUCAAGUCUACUACUUAAUGGUUGCCUAUCUGCAAUCGCAUUGGCUGAAAAUGUAGGUUGUAUUCUAAAUCAGCUUUGUAUUUACCCCUUUUGAAAGAGUUGACUUAUAUGUAAAUGUUUUGUGACAAUUUUAAAAUAACUGCAUAUUGCGAUAAAACAGGCACACAUGGUGUCGUUUUUUUUGUAGCGUUAUAUGAGCUUAGUAGCAUCUUUUGACUUUAUCAUAUGUUUAUUUAGGAACUAUUGGUUCUUUGGUCACUGAAAUAUAUUAAUAGUUAUUUCUUAAAGGCGCACCAUAUAAGUGGAUGAAUUAUUUUUAUUACUAUUAUAAUGCAUUAUUAUGUUAAAGAUGCACUAUUAUUCCCACAUAAGAUUUACCACAAUUAAUACUUUUGUUUUUAUAUUGCAAAAAGGAUGAUUAAAUGUCGAAAACAAUAGUUCUAAUAAAGGAUACCAAGUUUAAUUUGACGGAAAUGUCCAUUUAACACGAUAUUUCUACCUUAUGAGACUAUAGUAGAUCACUGUAAAUCUUUUAGCAUUCACCAAUCAUUUACUAUUUUUGCGUUUUCAGCUAUUAGAUACACGGUUACAAUCUUGUUAUCACUAAUUAAUAUUUCCCAUAAAUGCAUUAUUUAGUAAAUAGUUAAAGGUUAAUAUCACUCUAAAUUUAUGUUUGUUAUGCAUGUGUAUGUAUUAAUUUUGAAUAAGAGUGUCACUUUAAACUCAUUUGAUAUGAAUGAUCAAAACAGAACAAACAAAAACAUAAUUUGUGUACAGAUUAAACAUGUAAGCCUU